CAGAAAAUCAAUUUAAAUAUUAUAUUCAAAAUUCAAUGUAUGUUAUUUAAAAACUUUUCAAUUUAUUUCUUAAAAUCCAUUGCUAACCAUGAAGCGGUUAAUUCAGUAUACUACUCAGGCGGUCUCCAAAAUUAUGACGGCGAAAAACCAGGCGCCCACACAUCCCACUCAAAAUAUUAAUGCCAAUAUAUCAUCAAUAUUCGGCAAGAGUCUACUAACAACAUCUAAAAAAGAUUUACAAGAUAUGACAGCGCGUCCGAUAAAAAACACCUACAUAGAACAAAAUCUAGAUAAAGCAGCAAAAGGCUAUAAAAAAUCGAAAACAGUUAUUACUCGUCCACAGUGCCCACCAGUUAAAGUUCCGUUGUCACAGAGUAAAACACAAGUUACGAAUACUGCUAAACGUAUACCCGACAACAAUCUUGGUGAAGAUAUAGCAAGAAGAAAAUAUCCCGAAGUUAACAAGAUCAACUCUUACGUUUUAGAUGCUACGGGCCUUAAUAACUCAUCUAGAAAUAAAACACUAGCUGGUGUGGCCCAAAAACGUUGCGGAUAUGAACCAUUUCACGACUUUUUACGUGGAAUAGAAAAGAACCGCUGCCAAACAUCCCGCGAACAACUUCAACUAAAGGCCAUAAAGCACCCUGAAACUUGGAUAUUAAGGCCUAAUAAGAAGAUCUGAUGUCUUUUAGUAAUUAUGGUGAAGUGGGUUUACAAAACAACAAUUUAUUACUACUACGGUAUUAAUAGUAGCAGAAGUAUAUGUAAUCUACAUUUUAGAUUCAUAUUUACUAUUACUGUACUAUUACAAGUAACAUUCUAGGACAUCUGGUAAUUGAAACUGUUUUAGAACACAGAACGCAAUGAAAACAUCUAUUGAAACUUUAAAAAAAGAGUUUUAAAAAAAACUGUUACAUGAUUUUUAAAAAGGAGUAAGUAAGGUCGAACUCGAGUGAUGGGAUAUGUUGGACUAUUCAGAUAAAGCAUAUAGCGGAAUUAAAGGAGCAAAUGUAAAAAUUAUAACUACGCUAUUUGUAUUGCGGUUGCGCUUUCGCCUGCAGCUUUUAAAACUUAUCAAACAAGCCGUUACGGUACCAUCAAAAUUAUGUGACAUAGUCAAAAAAUAGCACCUAAUUUUUGACAAGGUUAUCUGACAUUACCUAUAUUCUACUAAAUUGCGACCAGCGAUUGUACCUAUAUACAGUCGUAAGAAUUGGUGAAGUACAAAAAGUGUCGCGGACUUAAAUACAAUAUUACUCUAAGACAUCUGCAUAUAUAGCGGAUCACUUAAUAUUGUUGUCAAUACUAAUAACAACAACUAACAGCGAUUUCGUAAGUUUAGGUUUGUAAAGCACCUAAAUUGUUGAUAGUAUAUAUAUUAUUGUUAAAUAAAUUGUACAGAUUUUACAAAAUAAU